AUGUUGCAGAAUGAUGGAUUUUCUGACGAGAUUAAAACUGUUCGAAGCAACAACGCGAACAGUAAAAUUGCUAAUCUUAGUCCGUUCAUCGAUGACGAAUUGAUUCGGGUUGACGGACGUUUGCAAAUAUCAGAUUUAACAUUCUCAAAAAAACAUCCGAUUCUAAUUCCGUCCAGGCAUCAUAUAACCGACUGUAUCAUACGCGAGAUUCAUGAGAUUCAUUUCCACACGGGCAUCCAGACGAUCCUUUAUAUUCUCCGACAAAGAUUUUGGCUUCUUGACGGUCGGAACCAAGUACAAAAGAUCAUUCGUACGUGCAUGCGUUGUUUGAGAUUUUACGCCAAAUCCGUAGAUUACAAAAUGGGUAAUCUACCAGCGGUCCGGGUUCGCGAAGCAGUCCCCUUCACUAACACCGGCAUCGACUUUUGCGGCUCAUUUUUUAUUAAGGAGAAAAAGUAUUGUAACAGAACGAGACUCAAAGCAUAUGUUUGCGUGUUCGUCUGCAUGACUAUCAAAGCGGUAUACCUUGAAGUGGUGAACGAUUUGUCUACCGAUGGCUUCAUUGCUGCCCUGCGUAGGUUCGUGGCAAGACGAGGACUCCCCGGAGCAUAUUUAUUCCGAUAA